GCGGCGGAGCCAAUCGGAGGUGGUGUGCGCGUCGGCGGUCGCGGUAGCUCUCUUUUUCUCUGCCGUCCGCGGAGAGGCCGGCGGCCGGCGCAGUGAGAAUCAGAGCUGUUAAGUGAGGAGACUCGCAACUGAUAUAUGCUGUUUUCAUAGGCUCUUGAAGCAAUAGGCUGUUGGAUUUUGAUCCCGCCCAGAAUACCUGAGAUUUUCUCUGCAAGGAUAUAUAAUAGUGGUUUUGCUUGCCCACAUAAGAAAAAAAGGCAAUGGAGACUGAACAACAGGAAGAGACCUUUACCAACACGGAGACAAAUGACCUCUCUACAGGCAAACGUCCUGCAGAAGAUAUGGAGGAAGAGCAGGCCUUCAAAAGAUCUCGAAACACAGAUGAAAUGGUGGAACUGCGCAUCUUGCUGCAGAGCAAAAAUGCUGGAGCUGUGAUUGGAAAAGGUGGCAAAAAUAUUAAAGCACUUCGUACAGAUUACAAUGCCAGUGUUUCAGUCCCAGACAGCAGUGGCCCCGAGCGCAUUUUGAGUAUAAGUGCAGAUAUAGAGACAAUUGGAGAAAUCUUGAAGAAGAUUAUCCCUACUUUAGAAGAGGCGUCUUUCAUACAGUAUCAACACUACAAAGGCAGCGACUUUGACUGUGAAUUAAGACUUCUCAUUCACCAGAGUUUGGCAGGAGGAAUUAUUGGUGUCAAGGGUGCUAAAAUUAAAGAACUCAGAGAGAACACUCAGACCACCAUUAAGCUCUUUCAAGAAUGUUGUCCUCAUUCUACUGACAGAGUGGUGCUUAUUGGUGGAAAACCCGAUAGGGUUGUUGAGUGCAUCAAGAUUAUCUUGGAUCUUAUCUCUGAGUCUCCAAUUAAAGGACGGGCCCAGCCUUAUGAUCCCAAUUUCUAUGAUGAAACAUAUGACUACGGUGGCUUCACAAUGAUGUUUGAUGAUAGAAGGGGACGUCCAGUGGGCUUUCCGAUGCGUGGAAGGGGAGGCUUUGAUCGAAUGCCCCCUGGUCGUGGUGGACGACCUAUGCCUCCCUCGAGAAGAGAUUAUGAUGAUAUGAGCCCUCGCAGAGGACCUCCACCACCUCCACCGGGUCGUGGUGGUAGAGGUGGCAGCAGAGCUCGUAAUCUUCCUCUUCCUCCUCCACCACCUCCUCGUGGCGGAGAUCUGAUGUCCUAUGACCGAAGGGGCAGACCAGGAGAUCGUUAUGAUGGCAUGAUGAUGCAGUGUCAUGUGGAUGCUUGUGAUGACAUGCAGCCACCAGAGUUGUUUGAGGGUGGCUCUGGUUAUGAUUAUUCUUAUGCAGGGGGGCGUGGUUCAUAUGGAGAUCUUGGUGGACCCAUCAUCACAACACAAGUAACGAUUCCCAAAGAUUUGGCAGGAUCUAUUAUUGGAAAGGGAGGCCAGAGAAUCAAACAAAUACGUCAUGAGUCAGGAGCUUCAAUCAAAAUUGAUGAACCAUUAGAAGGCUCAGAAGAUCGGAUAAUAACUAUCACAGGAACACAGGACCAGAUACAAAAUGCACAAUAUUUGCUGCAGAACAGUGUGAAGCAGUAUGCAGAUGUUGAAGGAUUCUAAUGCAAGAUUAUUUUUUCUUUUUUAUAGUGUGAAGCAGUAUUCUGGAAAGUUUUUCUAAGACUAGUGAAGAACUGAAGGAGUCCUGCACCCCUAUUUUUUUUUUUUUUAAUCUGCUUCUGUUUAAAAAGCCAACAUUCCUCUGCUUCAUAGGUGUUCUGCAUUUGAGGUGUAGUGGAAUCUUUACUGUCCACCAGAUGUAAUGUUUUAGUUCCUUACAAAUACAUGGGGGGAGGGAGCACGAGACUAACACUGAAAUUUUGAAGCAGCAGAGAGAUUGAAUUCUAUUUUUGUUCAUCGUUGGUGGUAAAUUGUAAUGUUUUUCUGUAAUUGUUGUGUACACCCUGCUUUUAUGUACACUGUGUCUUAUUUUAAAGGGGGAUGAAUUCUGGUAGGCCACAUGUCCCUGGUAUCUGUUGAGAGCACUGUGCAGAAUGUAAUGCUUUUUUGUAAGAAACAUUUUAGGAUUUUUAAAUAAAUUUAGUGAACCUA